UAACUCACACUGCUCAGUUGCGAGUUGCGAGAAAUACACACGAGAAAAAAAAAUCAAAUAAAUACACAGAAAAAUUGUAUUUUAAGAAAUAAGUUUUUCAAAAUAAAAAAUAUUCAAAGAAAUAGUAUUCAAAGUGACCUUACGGUAGAAAGGCUAAAAAUAAAAUCUCUCAAAUUUUUUUAACGUGAAAAGAAGUAAAAUAAAAGAAAUCAAAUAAAAAUGGCAGAAAGCGGAAUCAAACGUGAUAUUCCAGUGAAAUUGGGCAACUUUAGUGUCAUCGAUACAGAAUUCGCGUCGAUUCGCGAACGUUUCGAGGACGAAAUGCGGAAAAUGGAAGAUGAAAUGUCUAAAUUUAGAUCUGACUUGCUGAAUCGUGAAUCAAAUUUCUUCGAAACAACCUCAAGCUCGUCGCAUAAAAAAACAACAACUACCAGCACAACCAGCAGCAGCAAUACCGCAUUGCAAAAGCAACCACAACAAUCCUAUGUCACUGACAUGAACUCACCCUUGAUCCAAGAAGACGGAGACAACAAAGUAUUAAAGUUGCGUUUCGACGUGAGCCAGUACACGCCCGAAGAAAUUGUCGUCAAGACUGUCGAUCAAAAAUUAUUGGUUCACGCCAAGCACGAAGAAAAGUCCGACACAAAGAGCGUAUACAGAGAGUACAACCGUGAAUUUUUGUUGCCAAAAGGUGUGAAUCCCGAAAGCAUUCGCAGCUCCUUGAGCAAAGACGGUGUCUUAACUGUGGAUGCCCCUCUCCCAUUAGCUCUUACAAACGAAAAAAUGAUCCCAAUUGCACACCAUUAAAUCAUCCAUUUUUCUGAAACCUGAUAUUGAUAUGCUUAAAAAAAAAAUUUUUAAAAAACAAUUCUUUCGAUGAAACAUUUGGCAGCUACACAAAUAAUAUAAUUUUAUGAAAAAAAAACACACAAAUAUUUUUGCACACAUUCGAAUAUUCGUCUUGUCUUCGUUUUAAAGUCAAUAUAUUUUUUUUGUAUUAAUUAAAGUUUUAAACUAACAUAAUAAGAAACAGAGAUGAAUAACCGUAAUAUAUUGUAAGCCUCUAUUAAGCUUCGAUCAUCGUCGUUGUUUGAAUAGUAAAACAGUUUUUUUUUUGUUAUUUUUUUAAAAAGAGGUCGAUAUUUUUUUGUUAGAUUUUAAGAGUUCAAUGAAAGAAAACAAUAAAAAUGUAACUGCUUGCUAAC